AUAGCAGGAAGCGUGCUUGCCAUUAGCCAAAUUAUUUGAACUUCAUUGAGCUUAAACAUUUACCAGCAUUUUCAGCCUCUGGGAGUAAACAGAGCACAGUCGCAUGGAAUUAACUCUGGGAACAGUAGCUAAGGUACAUUUAAUCUGCAUAUUGGCAAAUACAAGACAAUGCUGACGCAUGCCUGGUGUGACAGGUUUGAUGCUGAUGGUAUACCAAAGUCAAAAAAAUGUGAACCGUAAUUUGAAAUGCAUCUUACUAGAAAUUGCUGAACCUGGUAGUGCUGCAAAGAAUUUAUCUGGAUAUUACAAUGAAGCAAAUCAUUUGUUAGGACAUAAAGAUGGGAUCAUCUUCCUUAGGAAAGGCUGCCACACUAGAUGAGUUACUACAAGCAAGCAUUGAAGCAUUUGAUGAAGGUGGGCAGCAGGGUAGCAGUCAGCUGCCCCGAAUGGUGUUACUUAUGCACCGCUGGUACCUCACCUCUACAGAACUGGCUGGGAAACUUCUAUCAAUGUAUCGCCAAGCACAUGGUGAAGACUGCGAUGAAUUCCGUCUCAAAAUAUGUUACUUCAUUAGAUACUGGAUUAUGGAAUUCCCUGCCGAAUUUAAUCUGGAUCUGGGUUUAAUUCGUCUGAUAGAAGAAUUCCGUGAAGUGGCUGGUCAACUAAAUUAUGAUGAACACGUGAAUCUUAUUGAUAUCUCUAACAUACCAUCAUAUGCUUGGAUGAGAAGAGUAACACAAAGGAAGAGACAGCCAAAAAAGGGCAAAGCAUCUCUUUUAUUUGAUCAUUUGGAACCACUGGAACUGGCAGAACAUCUCACCUUCUUGGAAUACAAAUCAUUUAGGAGGAUUUCAUUUACAGAUUAUCAGAGUUAUAUAAUCCAUGGUUGUCUGGUUGAUAACCCUACUUUGGAGAGAUCCAUAACUUUGUUUAAUGGCAUUUCUCAGUGGGUACAACUUAUGGUUCUCAGUAAACACACACCAUCACAAAGAGCUGAAGUCAUCACCAAGUUUAUCAACGUAGCACAGAAUUUGCGACAACUCCAAAAUUUUAAUACAUUAAUGGCAGUGGUUGGAGGAUUAAGUCACAGUUCUAUAUCUCGUCUUAAAGAAACACACUCACAUGUUUCACCUGAGGUUGCUAAGAACUGGAAUGAAAUGACAGAGCUGGUCUCUUUCCACGGUAACUACUGCAACUAUCGUAAGACCUUUGCAGAAUGUGAAGGGUUCAAAAUUCCAAUUCUUGGGGUUCACUUGAAAGACUUGACAGCUGUCCAUGCAGUUUUUGCAGACUGGAUCAAUGAAAAUAAAGUGAACAUUGUAAAGAUGCAGCAGUUGCACGUCACCUUUAAUGAGCUCGUUUCACUUCAGAGUGCAAGUUCCCAGUUGGAUCCUAAUAUGGACUUGAUCCACUUACUCACACUUUCCUUGGAUCUGUAUCACACUGAAGAUGAAAUCUAUGAACUUUCAUUGGUACGAGAACCCCGGAAUCCUAAAUCAUUGCCUAACUCACCGACUACACCCAAUAAAACAGUAGUGCCAUUAGAAUGGGCUGCAGGGGUGUCACCAAAGCCAAAUCCUACCGUCAUCAACAAGCAUAUCAGGAAAGUUGUGGAUUCUGUUUUCAGAAACUAUGAUCAUGAUCAUGACGGCUACAUAUCACAAGAAGACUUUGAGAGCAUAGCUGCCAGUUUCCCUUUCUUGGACUCUUUCUGUGUGCUGGAUAAGGAUCAGGAUGGACGAAUCAGCAAGGAUGAAAUGAUGGCCUACUUUCUGAGGGCAAACUCUCAAAUGCAUUGUAAAAUGGUGCCAGGCUUUGUUCACAAUUUCCAGGAGAUAACCUAUCUUAAGCCAACUUUCUGUGAACACUGUGCAGGAUUUCUCUGGGGUAUAAUCAAGCAAGGCUUCAAGUGCAAAGAUUGUGGUGUAAAUUGCCAUAAACAGUGUAAAGACCUGCUGGUUCUUGCUUGCAGGAAACGCUCAAGAGGUGCAUCUGUUGAGAACACUUCUCCCAGUCCAUUUUGUCAUGGCUCUCUUCCUGGCAGUCCAUCUCUGCCUCCAGCACAAGACCAAGUUUUUGAAUUCCCUGCAAUUAUCACAGAACACCAAGACCUACACAGCAGAGCAAUCACACUCAUGACCGGUUCUGCCCGAAAAAUUUCUGUACGUCUUGAGCGGGCAACAACUAGCCAAGCAACUCAGACUGAGCCAUUGUGGCACGUUGAAGGAUGGUCUGAUUGUGGCUCACACACUUUCCCAAAAAUGAAAUCUAAGUUUCAGGAAAAAACUGUGAAGAGCAAAGGGUUUGCAAAGUGGGAGAAUGACAAAACUACCACAAAGACGAAGACAGACAUUGCGGUACAAAUCACAGAAGACAGCUUGGACCUGAGUAUGGCAGAGGUGGAUGAUGAAAAGUGGGAGGGUGAAAAUGAGGCGAUACAAGAAACUGCUGAAAAUGAAAGAGAACAGAUUUAGGAAGAACGAAUAAAGAGGGCAUCUGAUUUCCAUCACAGAAAAAUGGGCAAUCAAAACAAUUUUGUCUGGAUAAAGCAACAAGGAUCAUACUCUUUGGGAAACACAGAGAUACCCUGUAAAUAAUGAAUGAUAAGAAUGCAUCUGAUGUGUGCCUUCCUCAUUUAAAAGUCUUUGAUUUAUAAAUGCCAACUAUUAUUUAGAGAUAACCGGACUGAAGUUUAACCUUGGACUGAAAUCUGUGUAAACCACUGGAUCUCUGCAUCAGCUUAGUUUUCAGGUAUUUGUUCUUUGACAUAUGUAAAAUUAUACAUUCUCAGCGUAAAAGGCAAUCUACUGAACAUCGUCAUUGCCAUGGAAAUUAAAUAUCAGAUUAUAUUUGUACAUCUGCAGCAGACUUUACAACUGAUUAUUGUGUAUUUUAAGAACUCUGGGUCAUUGAUCCCCCCAACAGCAAUGAAUAAUUGUGAAAGACUAUCAUACAUAAAUUUAACACAGCAAUAAAUAAUCGUGAAAGACUAUCCUACAUAAAUUAAACACAGCAAUAAAUAAUCGUAAAAGACUAUCCUACAUAAGUUAAACAUCCAAAAUAUAUUUAUGAAGCAUUUGAACCUCUGAUGCAAUGUUAUGUCACACAAUUUUGCUGUGCAACAAAACUAAUUUUGUAACAGGAUAUCAAUGCUGGUUCUAUGUUGUUUUGUCUUUUAUACCACAGCAUCUUGGUCAGUGGUUUUUUUUCUGAUUUCUCUGUUGUAUUAAGUAUUGUAUUCAAGACCUACAAGAAGAUCAAACAAAGCAAAAAAGACAGAAAGUGAGGAAAAGCACCAGUUCAGUCUAUGCAGGAACAGAAAUCCUGAAAAUGUUGCUGCACUGGUGAAGAAAAGUAUAAGUAAUUACAUCCUGUAGCAAUAGUGCUUUAAACUGCCACCUGUAAGAAUAAGGUGCGUUUUUCAACAGCAAUGCUCAAACAGUAUGAAUACCUAUUCAUAGCUAAAACACGGGGUGUAGUGAUGUGAAUGAAACAAAACACCCUGACAGGGAACCUUACUGCUGACAAAUAUAUAUAUAUAUAUAUAUAUACACAUACA